AUGUCAAACGGUCUGCAAUACAUCUUCGGUGGCCCCAAGGCUUGGGAUAGUGGUCUCUGGACAGCCUCGGACGAUCGCGUCCGCGGCGGCUCUAGCAUCUCACACCUCUACACUCACCCCACGCAAGCCAAGUUCUACGGCCAUCUUGACACAAAGACCCUCGGCGGCGCUGGCUUUGCUUCGCAGCGCACAGUCGGCGACCUGGCCCUCGAUCUCUCUUGCACAGAGGGCAUAAAGCUCUCCCUCGGCUGGGACAGCUCGGAUCAGACCUUUACCCUCAACGUCAAGGACACCAUCCCUGGAAAGAGGGAGGACGGGCGAGAUGAGGCUGGUGUGAGCUGGGAGUAUGACUUCAAGGCGCCGGAGAACGGAGGUGAGAUUUUCAUGAAGUGGGAUGAGUUCAAGGCGACGUAUCGUGGGAGAGAGGUUGAGGAUCCUGAGCCGUUGAAGUUGAACGAUAUCAAGAGAAUAUCCCUCAUGGCACGAAGCUUCUUUGAUAAGCAGGAUGGAGACUUCAAGCUCUAUGUUGACUGGAUCGCUGCUGUCAAGAAGGAUGAUGACGACAGCGAUGACGAUGGUGAUCUCAAGAAGCAUGCUCUUGAGCAGCGAUCCAACCCUCGUCCUGUAUGGAAGAGGCUGUUCUGCGGUCUUUUGUAA